GUCGCGGCACCGCCCGCCCACAGCUACGGCCGCCGCCAGCACCAGCCCGGCUCGGCCAUGGCGUCCCCGGCGAUCGGGCAGCGCCCCUACCCGCUGCUCUUGGACCCCGAACCGCCGCGUUACCUGCAGAGCUUGAGCGGCCCGGAGUCCCCGCCGCCGCCGCCGCCGCCGCCGCCCCCGGGUCGCCCGUCGCGCCGCUGCGUCCCCGCGCCCCUCUCCACUGCGCCCGGGGCGCACGAGGGGCGCGGCGCCCGGAGGGCAUCCCGGGGAGACUCGGAACCCCAGCCCCGGGCUGCUCGACCCUCUCGCCCUCUGCGGCCGGGUCUGCAGCAGAGACUGCGGAGGCGACCUGAAGCGCCCCGGCCCCGCGACGUGCGAAGCAUCUUCGAGCAGCCGCAGGAUCCCCGCGUCCCGGCCGAACGGGGCGAGGGCCACCGCUUCGUCCCGUCGGCACUGCCCGGCGCGCCGGGCUGGUGCGACCUGUGCGGACGCGAGGUGCUGCGGCAGGCGCUGCGCUGCGCCAACUGUAAAUUCACCUGCCACCCGGAGUGCCGCAAGCUGAUCCAGCUGGACUGCGGUCGGCAGGAGGGCCCGGCCCGCGACAGACCCUCUCCAGAGAGUACCCUAACCCAAGCCUUUGGCCAGAAUGUCUGCAAGCUGGUGGAGGAAACUCCGCGCCCGCCCACGCUGCAGGAGAUCAAGCAGAAAAUCCACAGCUACAAUAGCCGGGAGAAGAACUGCCUGGGCAUGAAGCUGGGAGAAGAUGGCACCUACACAGGUUUCAUCAAGGUGCAUUUGAAACUUCGACGCCCAGUGACAGUGCCCACUGGCAUCAGACCCCAGUCCAUCUACGAUGCCAUCAAGGAAGUGAACUUGGCGGCCACCACAGACAAACGGACAUCCUUCUACCUGCCACUCGAUGCCAUCAAGCAGCUACACAUCAGCAGCACCACCACCGUCAGCGAGGUCAUCCAGGGGCUGCUCAAGAAGUUCAUGGUGGUGGACAAUCCCCAGAAAUUUGCACUUUUUAAGCGGAUCCACAAGGACGGUCAAGUGCUCUUCCAGAAACUCUCCAUUGCCGACUGCCCCCUCUACCUGCGCCUGCUCGCCGGGCCUGACACGGAUGCCCUCAGUUUUGUGCUAAAGGAGAAUGAAACUGGAGAGGUUGAGUGGGAUGCCUUCUCCAUCCCUGAGCUCCAGAACUUCCUAACGAUCCUGGAAAAGGAGGAGCAGGACAAAAUCCAGCAAGUACAGAAGAAGUACGACAAGUUCAGACAGAAACUGGAGGAGGCCUUAAGAGAAUCCCAGGGCAAACCUGGGUAACCGGUCUUGCUUCCUCUCCUCCAGUACCCCCCACUCCCAGAUUUAUUUUUAUUAUUAAUUAUUAUUUUGCAACAGACACUUUUCUCAGGACACCUCUGGUGGGUACAUUUGUGCCUGCCCAGCAGUUCCAGAUGUGGCACGAAGUCUCUUCCGUGGACAAGUGUUCGUGUAGGGGCUGAUCCUUGCCCACCCCCAACACCCCUCUGCCAGUGAUCAGUUCUCGUGUGAAACACACAGCAUGCAUCAUCUCCUCUCAAUUUGCAAGCCUUCAACAAACCAAAUAGUGGCCUCUCUGGUCACCAGGCCUGGAAUCUUAUCACAACAGUCGGUGAGAGACGAAAGGAAAGGAAAAAGGAUUCAGAGCUCUGUGCUCUUCCUCUGGCUUUGAUUCUUCAGUUUCUCUUGAUUUGCCACAUCCAGUACCUUUAUGUAUGAGUCAGACAUUGUAGCAUAUCCCUUUUUUAGUAACAUCUGCUCUAAGCCUCUGGAAGUAGGAUGAGGCUUGUAAAAGGACUGUUCCCUCCCCUGAAGUGCCAGCUAGUCCCACUUAGGGGAAAUGGGUCCAGUCACCAGUCCCGGAUGCUCAGGGAGAGGGGCACCAAAGGCGAGGUUGGCUCAGAGAUUCCCAGAGAAGCUGCAGGCUGCUCUGGCCCUGGCCCAGGCCCUGAUGCCGGAGAGACUGUGCGUAUGUAAACCCAAAGGCAUUCAUCUGUGUAUGUGUGGCACUGAGUCACAUCACUGCCAGUAGCAAUUUGUGUUUAAGUUACAAAUCCGAAUCUUAUAGUCAUCAUCGUCAUGCGUUCCCACCACAGGGAAAGCAGCCAUUCACCAUUGAAAGUCACCCAUGGAUCAGAAGUCAGGCAGUUAAGAAGAAGCCAAAAAAACCAUUGCAAGGAAACCUGUCCAGGCUGCCUUCGGCCUCCCUCCCCCACCCCCAUCCUCCCACCCCCGGUUAGAGUGGAGGGCCUGGGCUGCCUUGGUCUCCCAUUGGCCUCUAGCCCUGCCCCCCCCCCCUCCUCCCACAGGGAUGCUGGGGUCUUCAGGUGCUGCCCAAGGAGUGGCCUUGAUUACAGAGGAUCCUCUGACUUGGCCAGCUUGGAGUCCUUUCUGUUGUGAGCGAGGCCUGCCUGCCCCAGCCUCCAUCUUGACCUCAGUGCCUUUUUGUUUACACAGAGAAAGAAAGAGAGCAGGGCUUGGUUGCUUGACGCUCUGCUUCUGGCUUAUUCCUGCCAGGAAGUGGACGGCGAUGGUGUGGGAGACCAGGCCAGGGGAGCCCUCGCUCCACAUGUGGGUGAGAGUCACACAUCUUCCCAUCUAAAUUCCUGGUCUUGGGCCCCACAAGCAGGGAAGAUCCGAUUGCUGACUCUAGAUAGAAGAUCCAAGCUUAAAUUAGCCAGACAAUUCCAGCGAGUAGCCAGGACUGCAAAGACACUCCAAUUCGGACAGAGAAGGACUUGUCAUUUUCCAAGCAGGGCCGGUGUUCCAAGCCAGCCUGAGAGACCAUUACUUUGCUGUCCUUUACCUUCCCAGGGAUACUCUGGGGACCCGGAGCCCACACAUCCUCAUGUAGCUUUAGAAGUUCCCUCCUUCACCCAGGCUGAGUCCGCUCUGCUUCCCCCGACCCCAGAGGAAUGCUGACCCUUCAUCAUGCAAACGGUGGUCUUCAAAGCUACAAAAGCAACCCAAGCUAGCCCCCUGCUUACUUGCCAUCUCUUUCUCAGCCUUAUCAUUUCCCUCCCCAAAGGACUCCCCUCUUGUGUCCCUGCUGUGUGUUACAGGGAGCCAGUGGCCUUUGCCCUUGUCUUGCAUGUCUAAGAAGGCUUGGCUCCCUGCCUCCCCCAAACCCGCUGUCAGUGCUGCUGAGCGCUUCCCUCCACAGGGACAGCUAGUUUAUUUUUGAGAAGAAAGUCAUGUACAUAUAUAUACAUAGAGGCAUAUAGCUAUAUCUAAAGAGAAAAAAAACGUGUUUAUGAAAUAAGAAAAUUAUGGGGAAAUGCAGACGUUAAAGCACAGUUAGACCCGGGACCUAGGGUAAGGUCGGAGCCUCUGGGAAGUAUGUGUAAAAUUCCCUCCCAGGGGUGGGCGUUAACUGCUGGUAGUGCCUUCCUUGGUUGUGUUGCUUGGUGUGUGUGUGUGUGUGUGUGUGUGUGUGUGUGUGUGUGUGUGUGCGUGUUUUGAGGAUAUUUUCUUUUUAAAUGUCUUUCUUAUAUGAGUUA